AUGAUGAACUGGGCAAGACAGCAGCUUGCCAAUGUCACAGGAACCCCAGAGCCAAUUUAUGGACCCUCUGCGAUACGAUCCAUAGCCACACAAGCCGAGACAACGCCAUUUACUUUACUGGAAAAAGAUGACGUAAAAUGGGUGGACAUGGAAUCGACAUCUAUGGAAACGCAAACUUUCUAUUUGCACGCAGAGUCCGGCCACAUUGGAAUAGUACAAGUUAUCCACAGUAAUGUCGUUGGCUUGCGAAGAACCAGCCAGUUCAACACUAAGAUCUUUUAUCCUAAGAACGAUCCAAAGCCACACCUAUGGUCUACUGAUCAAUUGUUUGAUGUUGGAUUCAGCGAAGAUAAAUUCAAUUUCUAUGCUUCAAAUUGCGCGAUAGAGAUUUCAGAGAACGGUAAGCAAUAUACUGUCAAGUCAACUUCAAACGAGAAUUCGAUUGUAAACCUCACAAUAUCGCAAAUUGCACCAGGGUUUCAAGUUGGAAAAGAUGGCAAAACACUUUAUGGGACAAAUAUGAGUAGUCCAUGGGGAAGCAUGCGACACACUUUCUGGCCAAGAAAUAAGGUAGAAGGUCUGAUAGUGACCAAAGAUGGACCUAUCAAUUUCAAAGGCUUAUGUCUAUUUGUCCAUGCCUUGCAAGGGAUGAAGCCGCAUCAUGCCGCCGCCAAGUGGAAUUUUGUAAAUUUUCAGGGACCUAAAUACACGGCCAUCAUGAUGGAAUUUACAACCCCAAAGUCAUAUGGAUCGACGACUGUAAAUGUCGGUGGUAUUGUACAUGACAAUGAGAUCACCAUGGCUAGCGCCUCUAACUUCAUCUCUUACACAAAAGUCAGAUGUGACGAGGAUAACAACUGGCUAGUACCUGAGAGUGCGAAGUAUGAAUGGAUAGAAAAAACCGAUAAAGGAGAUAAAGUUCAUGCCGUAAUCGAAGGGUCUUUAGGUGAGAGAUCCGACAGAAUAGACGUUAUGGCAGAAUUGCCAGUUUUUGUCAAGCAGAUCGUAGCUGGAGCUGUAGGAACCAAGCCAUAUAUUUAUCAGUUUUUUGUAGAAAAUUCUACUUUGAGGAUAAAAAAUGGUGAAGAAGAAAUCGUUGAGGAAGGCCAGCUCUUUACUGAGGCUACUUUCAUCUCAGAAUAA